AUAAAGAAUUUGUAGAGUGCUUUGAAGCUGCUUCGUUACACAUCAGCAAAAUGAAUUAUUUAACAUCCGCCAUGUUACUAGUUUUGGCCAUCUCAUCCUGCAGUGGCUACAGUUUUUUGAUUCCUGCAAAAAUUAGUCAUCCUGGCAUUUGUAUAUUUAAUGGUUUAUUUUUGCAAAGAGGCGAUAAUUCCUUACCUUCUUCUUGCCAAAAUAUGCGCUGCAACGAGGAUGGUUCAAUUCUCGUUCAAGGUUGUGGUCAUUUUGAAACGACGGAUUGUCGUGUGGUUGAUCCUAUCAAUUUACACAAACCAUAUCCAGAUUGUUGCAAAAUGAACUUUAUGUGCACUGGGACCAGUGGACAAGUGGUCAAUCUACAAGUCUCUCCACUAGAACGCCAUUUGUAUUGAACUGGUUUCUGAUAUGAAUCAUCAAAAAUAAAAUAUUGUUUUAAUUCUA